CGCUUGCUCAGGGAGAGGAAGAGGGCAGCUCUGUGGCCCUGGGCAAGCCGCUCCCCCUCUCUGAGCCUGUUUGGGCAUCUGGAAUAUGAGGGUAGGAGCGGCCACUCUGUUCCUGUCAGCCCAGGUCCUCCAGGAAGCAGAUGCCCAGAGGGCAGGCCUGUGAGGUGAAGGAGGGGCUGGGGAGCGUCCUGCGACACCCUGCAGCCCAGGGCGUGUGCAUGGCCAUUGGAGAGCCAUGCGGCCCAUCAGAGGUGGCUUACGCCUUUCACGAACCAGCCUGCCUGGUGUCCGCACUGCACUGAGCCACUGCCCAGAGGCACCUGGGGGAGACGGCCGAGGCAUGGACGCAGGUCGCAUUCUGAGGAGCCAGGUGAUCAUGAAUUUGGGGGGACACACUUCAACCCACCACAAGCCCUGUUUGGACAGCCUGGAAAAUCGCUUGCGUGUGCCAUCUGUUUCCUGCGGGGACCGUGACAGAUACGAUUUGGAAAAGAGACAAGGAGAGCAGUGGCCCAGUCCAGAGAGUCAACGCAAGAGAGCUCCCGGGGACGGUACGUGGCAGGGUCCGCUUGGCGUCCAAGUUCAUGCUGGUGGGGCCUUAUCUCUACACGUGGUCUGUGACCAGCUGAGGCCAGCUGGACAGAGACCUGUCCCUUCCCCUCCGGGCCAGCACCUGAAGCUCUUAUGUGCAGAACUAUUUGGGCCACCAGAGGUUGCUUUGUCAACACAUGCAGCAAGUCAGAAGCGGCUGGACAUUCUGAUUUUCCUGGAGCACCCCGUGUCUGGUCCCCCAACUGUCUCCUAGGAGCCAGACACUGGUGACCAUGCGGUGAACUUGGCCUCUUCUGGAAAUGAGGGUGACUUCCUUGUGACAGUGUUACACCACAACCACAUUUGUAAGAUGCCUGGGACAGAGCGGGCAGAGUAGGAGUUUAACACAUAGAUGGGCCCUAACUCUCCAAAGUUCUGCCUCAUAUGAUUUCCCUUUUUCUCCCAAACCGCUAAGAAAGAAAACAGGCCCUGGAGGCCUUGCUUCCCUCAAGGCCAGCUCAGGGCCUGCAGAAAGGGGUGGGGAGAGGCCCUCUGGGCACAGCCACCCAUCAGAAGAACAAGCCCUCUCAAAAGCUCUCAGACGUGGGCCCUGCUGUGCCCACUUUACCGAGGGGUGUGGUGCCCACUGCUAAGUGGCAGAGCUGAGACCCGGCCCUGGGCCGAGGACCCUGGGUCUCUGCUGCUCCCCUCCUCCCGCUCCUCAGGCCGGCUUCAUGAUGGUGGAACUGGCCCUUGUCAGGCCCCAGCGGCCGCAGGCUCUGGUCUUGCAAGCAAUAAACAGACACCAGCCAAGUCUUACUUAACCCUGCGGGCAGCAGGGCAUGAAAAAGGGAAGGAAACGGGGCCACCAAGGACACGGUGGGUGCCAAGCCUGGGGUGGCAGCAGUCGCUUCUCACAAAACCCCAGGCCUGUGCCAUCAUCCUGUUUUAUAGAUGGGAAAACCGAGGCUUCUGGAGGGGAAGAGAGCUGCUCUGGACCCCUCACCCCCCACGCCUCUGUGACCAGCCACACCCCGCUAUCUUCCUUCCUGGAUUGAACUGAUGGCCUCAGCAUCAAGUGACAACCGGAGAGCAAACAAGACACAGAGGAAAGUCCCACCCCAGGCACCCGCCGCUUGGUUCUUUCCAGGCUCUGCUCGCAUUUUGGCCACGGGGAGAUGUCACGUUGGUCGCUGUGACCCUAAAGGAGUUGCAGGGCUGCUCUCGGCCAAAAGCCCCUUCAGUUCCCUGUGGCCACACCAGCUGUGCAGUGACAAGGUUUUGAAAUUACUGCUUUUUUCUCACAUUAGAAAGUCUGUGCAAUUAUUGCCAAAAAAAA